GCCCCAAACCUAACGCUACAAAAUUAGUCACACAUCAUUUAAGUACAUACAUCAAUCGACCAAAUAGCAUCACAGUUUUAAUUAAAUACCAAUAAAAGAAAUAUAUUUCAUUUAAUAACCAUGUAUAUAUCAAAUGUUUGAAUGCGAACCGGAGAAACACAAUUGUAACUUUCUGAGGCACGAUGAAAUGUAAUGGCGAGUGUCUACCCAAAUCUCGCCUAUGGCAAAAAAGGCGUAAGAGAUAUGGCAUCAUAUUGGCAUGUUGUUACUUAAUCAAUCACCGUGUUUCAAAUGCUAAGUUUUACCUCUAUUUUAAAGUAACUACUUUCUUAAUUCUUAUUACAACAAUUUACUUAAUAUGACACCUUGCGUUUGCAACACCGUUCAUAUAUUUCAAUAUAACAUUCUGUUAUUUCCUAGAUAUGUUCGGACGACAAUUGUACCCGGCUUAAAUCAGCAUUGCUGAGCAACAUAAACAUAAGCCUCAAUCCCUGUAAGGUAACAGCAGUUAACUUUUAUUUUAUAUGUGAACUUAUUACUAUUUUUAAGUUCAUUCGUACGCCUGUGGGGUUACGAAAGGACUACUUCCCUCACAUGGGCCAGCCCUAGAAUGCGCGCUAGCCCGGAUCUCGUUCUGCAGAAAUACUACGGCAGAAUCAUGGACAAUCUGGCGGCGGAAGUGCAGUCACAAGACAGUAGUGAGGUCCAAGACAUCAAGAUGAUCUAUCAGUCCUGCAUCCAAUACAAAGGCGCAUCUCAAGAUCAAGUAAUGAGUGUUGUGAGCGCUCUCGGCGGUUUCGAGUAUGGACGUUCCCCGAAGUCACGAAACCUGGAUCUGUCCUCUUUGUUGUCGUUGGCGUUGCUAACAUACGGCGUGUCUCCACUGUUCCAUAUUGACGUUACUCACACGGGCCAUAUUGGGUUCACAAACCGGUUUUCCGACGGAUGGUUGGCGGAGCGACGACAGUCAGGUCUAACGACACAGAGGUACCGGUUUUUGCUGCCAAGCAACUUCCUGUUGCGAAACGAGAACUCAGAUCAGGUAAUGAGAGUUGUUCGUUCAGGCAAUGGCUUUCUCACAUUUAUAUCGAUGUAAAGUCAAUUAUAGGA